CGCUAGCUGUCAAAAGAAACAGUUUGUUUGCAUUCCACACGACGAAUGCACGGAGUGCGCGUUGAUUUCCUGCAGCAAAUUGAACAGUGAGUCUGUAACACCAUGGCGUCUUAUUCACAACAUGAUAAAGAUACCGGCAAAAUAUACCGAUUUCGAGAUAAGCUGGAGAGCAAAUUUAACGCGGAGUUUGAAGCAGAACAAAAAUUGAUACGAUUACAGCGGGAACAAGAAGCAAAAGAAAGGUUAGCAAACGAACUACUGAUGACCUGCGAAGAUGAAGAUCCAACCAUUAAUCCCGACAGUGCAACGAUCGCGGACGUGAUGAAGAUGCUGAAAACUGUGUCUCGCAAGAUCGGGCAGCUUUGUGGAAAGCAGGACACCUUUCAGAAGGAAGUGUGCGAAGCAAAGCACCGCGUGCUAAAGCUAGAAGCAAAAAUGAACACAACGCUUUCGAUGACGGAAAAGGUGAAGGACGAAAUGCUGGCUAGAUAUUGGACACCGGAGCAGGACGAUCCCCCAGAGCCCGGGUUUGAGUUUCGUGCCGUAAGCAACGAGCAAGAGAUGAACGAUCUCGACCAAAGGCUGGCCACGGACGAGGCGUUCUGCAGGAACCUCACCAACUGGCUGAAGGCGAAGAUAAGUUUACAGAAACCCUUCCGCCGAAUGCUGCAUGCGUUGGAUCUGGUUUUCGAGCGGGAGUUUCUGAUGUUAUGUAGCUGGAAGGGACGAAGCAAAUCAGGGCCCAAAAUUGCCAUAUGUGAGCAAAGGUACAUCGUGGAGCUGUUUCGGGUGGUGGGAAGUAAUCGCUGUACUACUAUUACGGACAAAAUUGUAGCAAAGUUCUUUGUAAGGAAACUAACGCGCAAUACGCUACGACCCAGCGUGAGAAGAGCCGCUCCGUAUAAUUUGCCCAGCAGACGACGCCAAAAGAACUCCGAUCCGCUCGCUCUGGAUACCGAUUUCAGUCGGUAGAUGUAGUCUUUUGGAGAUUGCUUUUGGUAUGAAUUAAUCUUUUGCUGUUGUAUGUACAGAAGCACAAAAACAAUGCAAGUAGGUGCAACUGGCUCGUAUAUGGCUUAUGAUUAAAAGACAUGUUAUUAAUCGUUUCGAAAUAAUAAAUAAGGAACUGAAUAUAAAUACUGAAAAUACUUAUAGCUCAAUUUCUAGUUUACUGCAUCGGGUAAAACAUCAGAGGUGGAAGGUUUUAUUCUAUCACUUAAUUGAUUUUUUAGUUACGCUCGUUUCUAUGAAGGUGUUUAAACUCCAGGAAAAGCACAAAUGUUCAUGUGUAAGCAUGUAGCGACGUGUGAGUGUGUGUUUGUGUGGAAAGUGUUUUGAAAAUCCUUUGCGAGCUGUCAAACGACACAGUUUGUUUACAUUCAACACGACGAAUGUACGGAGGAUGCGUUGAUUUCCUACAGCAAAUUGAAACAGUGAAAUAGUGUACACCACCAUGGCUUCCCAUCGUGAUAAAGAGACUGGCAGAAUUUAUCUACUUCGUAAACGGAUUGAGGAUCAAUUCGACCAGGAGUUUGAAGCAGAACAAAGAUUGUUACGAACGCGACGUAAGUUCAUCUGUCGGGCGCGCUCGAACGAGACAAACGUAUAUUAUGUAGCAUUUGAUUUGCUUUAGGGGAACAGGAAGCAAAAGAAAGGUUAGCAAUCGAACAAAUGAUGACCUGCGAAGAAGAGGAUACAAACGUUAAUCCCGACAAUGCAACGAUCGCGGACGUGAUGAAGAUGCUGAACACUGUGUCUCGCAAGAUCGAGCAGCUUGCUGGGAAGCAGGACAGCUUCCGAAAGCAAGUAAGCGAAGCAAAGCACCGCGUACUAAAGCUGGAAGCAAAACUGAACUCAACGCUUUCGAUGACGGAAAAGGUGAAGGACACGUUGAUGCCUAAAGGCAUGGCAACGGAAGUCAUUCCCCCAGAGCCCGGGUUUGAGUUCCGUGCCGUAAGUAACGAGCAAGAGCUGAACGAUCUCGACCAUAGGCUGGCCACGGACAAUGCGUACAGGAGGAAUCUCACCAACUGGUUGAACGCGAUGAUAUUGAACUCGGAUUCCGACCGUCGAUUGUAUGAAGCGAUGGAGGUGAUUUUCACGCGCGAGUUUCUGCCGUUGUGCAGCUGGAAGGGGCGACUGAAUCGCAAAAUUGCCAUGUGUACGCAAACGCACAUCAUGGAACUGUUUCGGGUGGUGGGAAGUAGUCGCUUCACUUCUAUAUCGGCCGCAUUUGUGGCCAAGUUUUUUCAGAAGAAACUGCCGCACGCCAAGACGCGACUCAGCCAGAAAAGUUAUAGACCCCAUGAAUGCAAUAAGAAAUCCAGAGUAUGCGACGCGAACUCAGAUCCGCUCGCGGAGUAGAUUUAGCUGGAACAUAGGAGGGGGUCUAAUGUUUAAUGUACAGAAGCAAGUAGCUUGUAAGUGGAAGAGGAAUUAAAAUCACUUCGAAAUAAUAAAUAAGGAUUUGAAUACAAAUGUUAGGAAAAA